ACACUCCUCCGCCGCAAAAAUGAGGUUAACUACGGACCUAAUCAACUCUUCCCUCUCCUACAUCAACCUCCUCGGUGAGCGCGAACUGGACCUGCGAGGUCACAAGAUCUCCGCUAUCGAGAACAUGGGCGUAGCAAAAGAUAACGAUGCGAUCGACUUUACCGACAACGAUGUUGGAUACCUUGGAAAUUUUCCGCUAAAUCCCCGUCUGCGAACUUUGUUCCUUGCGCAGAACCGUAUUGCGAAUAUCCAGCCGUCGCUUUCGUCCUCGAUUCCCAACCUCACGACCCUCGUUUUGACGAAGAAUCGAUUGACAGAGCUGGCGGACUUGGACCCGUUGUCUGGCUUUAGAAAACUGGUAUAUCUGACCAUUAUUGGGAAUCCGGUGGCUACUAAGGAGCAUUAUCGGUAUUGGGUUAUCUGGCGAUGUCCAUCAGUGCGCCAUCUCGAUUUCGAAAAGGUCCGUACCUCGGAACGCGAGAGGGCAAAACAGCUUUUCGGGACUGAAGAAGACCCGACAGAACUUGCUUUGAAGAUCAUGGGGAACAAAUCCAAGGGCUUCGUCGUCCCCUCAUUCGCGUCUAACGGCGAAAAAACAUCUCAACAGCGCAUCUGGACUGACGAAGAGAAGCGGAAGAUGAAGAAGGCAAUCGAAGACGCCCGCAGCAUCGAUGAUAUUGGGAAGUUGGAGAAGGACUUCUCCGAGGGUCGCAUCCCGGCCUGGGUCCUGGCGCUGGAGGAUCCAAUGGAGAUGUAGGCACAUGUAGGAGGAACGGAGAGAUGAACAACCAAAAAUGUUGUGCAGAUUUUAAGAUGUCGAAGAUCAUGCAUGGGCAGAAGCAUAAGUAACCGGUGUUACGCUGGAUCGGCGUCUUGGACAUGAGGGUCCUGGUUAUGGAUGGGAGUUUGAUGGAUAUGGGUGGGCUGGCAAUGGAUAUUAGAUUCUGUCCAUACAGUCUGCAAAUGGAUGCAUGGCAUAGCG